AUGGCAGUAGUCUUGGGGGCCUUGUUUCUGUUGUCGUCGGUGGCGAUAGCGCAUGAGCUCAUAUUGUUUCCCAACAAGGUGGCCAAGAAGACCGCGGUCACCGUCAUCGGAUUGGGACUGACGGCCGGACAGGAAGUCGGCUUGCGGAUGAUGAUGGGCGGCGUUUUGUCCGACGUGAGCUUUCUGGCGAAGCCUGCCAUCGAGAAGGUGGACGCCAAGGGCAGGGUAAUGGCGAGUUGGGGCGUUAACCGGGAGUUGCGGCUCCUGGCCAAUGGUGACCACGAGAUCAUGCUGGUGGACAGCGACGGCAACACGAUCGCCACGACGAUGCUGACGGUGGCGAAGCCCCCGAAGAAGAAGAAAUAG